UCAUUACUAGGGAUUAAACGAUGAUCGAGUAUAAUCGAAAAUUGAUCGUUUAAGGGCGAGGUCGGCGACAAUCGAAUGCGAAAUUUUAUAAUCGAUUGUCGGUAGUUUUUUUUCUUGCUGUUAUUUAAGCGGCUCACAAGGGAGAUCACUGUAUCAGAAAAAAAAUGGCGUCGGACUCGCAGCAUGCAAUAGAAAACUUAUCGCAAGAAAACCUAACAAAAAAUAUGGAACAUGAGGACCAGGUCUUGUUCAAUUACCCAGGAAAAACGCGAUCCAUUGUGUGGAAGUAUUUUGGAUUCACGAAAAAGGGGCUUGGACCAGCAAUAAAAGCGAACUUGAACAUGAACACAGCCAUCUGUAAACUUUGCAAAAAAUCGUACGCUAAUAAAGGAAAUACAACAAAUUUGCUAUUCCAUAUUGAUCACGACCAUAAAAGGACUGCUUCUGGGGAUGAAAAUAAUAACAUUAAAAAAGCACCCACCCAGCCAACAAUUCAGGCUCUGAUUGCCAACCCUGGUCGUCUUACACAGAAGAGUAGAACCAACUUAGACGAUGCAUUAUUAAAGUUAAUUGUAGGAAAAGCCCUUCCAAUCAGCCUUGUGAAAAAUCCACACUUCAUUGAAUUUACCAAAUUACUAGACCCAAGGUACAAGUUACCGUCUCAGCAAGAUGUUGUGAAGUCUUUAAACACGAAGAAAGACCAGAUGCGUUCAACCCUUAAGCUUGACCUUGGAUCUGUAUCAGAUGUAGCCAUAACACACGACGGCUGGACAAGCUGUGCCACAGAGAGCUAUUCAGCUGUAACAGCACACUUUAUUGAUGAUAAGUGGAAUCUAAAAUCAGCCGUGCUGCAGACUAAGAAGGUGGAAGGUUCACACACUUCAGAGAAAAUAGCUGAAGGUUUAAAAGAAGUACAGACGGAGUGGAAACUACCAACAUCACUUACAUUAGUAACUGAUAAUGCUGCUAACGAAAGAAAGGCUGCUGAACUCCUUGGAUGGACACGAUUCGGGUGCUACGGUCACCGUAUUAACUUAGUGGUCAAACAUGCUCUUGAGGUAACUGAGUUGAACAAGAUUUUGGGUAAAUCAAGACGACUUGUAACAUUUUUUCAUCAAUCAACAAGCGCCACUGAUGCUUUAAUUGAAAAACAAAAGUUAGUGUUUUCAAACACACCAGGUUUGAUUGGACAUAAACUGAUAACUGACGUUCCUACACGUUGGAAUAGUACACUGGCAAUGCUUGGCAGAUUGGCAGAACAACUUCCUGCUAUAAUGAGUAUUAUCUUUGAUACAAAUUGUCUAAACAAAACUGCAAUAAGCACUGUAAAAACCUACUGUCUAACAUCUGAAGAACAUUCUGUGGUGCAGGAACUCAUUUCUGUUUUAAAACCCUUUGAAACCGCAACAACAAUUUUGUGUGCAGAAUCUAGUCCUACUAUGCAUAAAGUGCUUCCUUGUAUGGUAAAAAUCAAAAAGAAGUUGGAAGAUGUUGAGAGUAAUCCCUUAACAUCUCCUGUUGUUAAGAAAGUUAUUUUGAAAAUGAAAGAGGAACUGUUAAAAAGGACUCAGGUGGAGGAUGUACCCCUCCUGGCAGCUCUAUUAAAUCCUGAUACCAAGAAUCUCAAUUUCUUGACAGCGGAGGAACAAGUGUCUGCCCGUCAGUUGCUAAUGGACACUGCGUUAAAUUUAAAGGUUGAUAAUGCUGCCCUUCCAAAUGUUAAAGUAAAACAAGAAGAGGCUGUUAGUGCCAUUUUACCUGACUUACCAGUGUUACCUGACAUAGACCUAGAGUCUGACCAGAAUGUUAAAUUUGAAUGUGAAAAGGAGGGUCCUAGUGAAAAGAAAAUGAAAUUAACUGAUAUGGAUGAGUGGUUCGACGAUGUUUGCUUCAUAGGAGAGUCGCAACAACCCCUUCAGAACUUAAUAGAGUUGGAGGUUCAUAGAUAUUUUUCACACAAUCAACCACAGAGUUCAAAGCAGCAAACGCUUCUGCAGUGGUGGCAAGCUAAUCAUUAUUUCUAUCCACAACUUGCAACUUUAGCCAAAAAGUACUUGGCAGUUCCAGCAUCAUCAGUACCAAGUGAGAGGGUGUUCAGCUUAGCUGGUAUUGUUGUUGACAAAAAACGAUCUAGAUUAAAGCCAGAUUUGGUUGAUACGUUAAUUUUUAUGAAGAUGAACAUGGAAACAUACUGGUGA